GCGCCAUAUUAGCCGCUGCCAUCGUUGUGUUUUGCAGCUGGACGGAGGAAGAGCCGGUGAAAACAGAGCUCCACCAUGGAGAUAGACACACUGCUCAGCGCCUUCAGGGAUUUUGAGAAGAAAGGGAAACAAGAAACAUGUCCUGUUUUGGACCAGUUUCUCUGCCACAUUGCCAAAACUGGAGAGACUAUGAUUCAGUGGUCCCAGUUUAAAAGCUAUUUUCUUUUCAAACUGGAGAAAGUUAUGGAUGAUUUUAAAGCCUCGUCUCCAGAACAGCGAGGUCCGGCAAAUCCAAAUGUUGAAUAUAUUCCCUUCGAGGAGAUGAAGGAAAGGAUACUUAAAAUUGUGGAUGGAUACAAUGGGAUCCCUUUCACAAUCCAGCGUCUGUGUGAACUGCUUACUGAGCCGAAAAGAAACUACACAGGAACAGACAAGUUCCUCCGAGGCGUAGAGAAGAAUGUAAUGGUGGUCAGCUGUGUGUAUCCUACCUCAGAGAAAAAUGGAUCUACUGUGAAUAGGAUGAAUGGAGUCAUGUUCCCUGGAAAUGCCUCUGCUUUUCCAGAUAGGAAUGUGAAUGGUCCAGGAACCCCCAGGCCAAUAAACAGACCAAAGCUUUCUCUGUCCAGCAGUGUAGCUACAAACGGCCUCCCUGACAGCACAGAGAACAAAGAGGAAGAUCAUGAGCAGACAGACAGAACAGCCAGUGACUCAUCAGAAGCUGAAAGCUUAAGCAGCGGACCAACGAAGAGCAAACAUCGCAAGGAUGAGGAAGAUGAUGAUGAUGAUGAAGAUGAAGAUGCAGAUGAUGAUGUCCGGCAUGAAGCGAAGCGGCUCAGGUUUGAUAAGGAUGAAGACGAGGAACAGGAUGACGAAGAAGAGGAAGAGGAGGAGGAGGAGGAGGAGAAGGGCAAAGAAGAGAACGGGAAGGAGAUGCCCUGUCCUGCUCCAGCUGAGAGCUCGUCGGAUGUGUCAGAGUCUUCGUUGAAUGUCACUACACAGCUGAAGGAUGCAGAUGCUGCAGUUGCUGAAGACCAAGAGCCCUCCAGCACUCAGUCUGAGUCUGUAGAGGAAGAAGGCAAUAAAUCUGAGACUGAGGAUUCUUCCAGUCCUUCCCAAAGUCAGAAGAGCGCUGGUGAAUCGGACAUAUCAUCAGAGCAGCCUGUUCAGGCUGGGAGGGAAGCUGCAGAACCUGCGGAAGAACAGGAUCCUGAAGAGAAGCCAGACCCAGUAAGCAGCAGCAGCAGCAGCAGUAGCAGCAGCAUCAGCAAUAGUAGCAGCGAGGAAGAGGGAGUGUCCAGCGCAGAGCCUGUGUCUGCGUCUGUGUCUGCUUCUGCCUCUGCCUGUCCGAGCAGUUCCACCGAACAGGCAGCAGAGGGCAGCAGCAGCGCAGAGAACAGUUCAGACAGCUCAGAGACUGCAGAUGACCCCAUGGAGGAAGAGUGAAGAAGAUUGGGCCGGCCUUUUGCCACUGAAAGAAUUUCUUCUGCACCAAACUAGCCCAGAACCACGUGAACCAGUCGUGUGAAGGGAGCAAACGGCUCUCUUUACCUCACACCAGGGGAGGGCAUUCUUGUGGCAACCCAGACCAGACCCAGAGAACCCUUAAGCUCAACCCUCUGACCCUCAGGUUUCUCUCCACACCUUAUAUGACCCUGUACAUUUGUCAGAUGGCCACACUUUGUUUGUGUUCUUUUUUUUUUUUUUUUUUUUUCCCUCUCCCUCUUUCUCUCUCUUUUCCUCCCAGCCCAUCCCCCCUUUUCCCUGGAAGCUUUUGAAUUCACUAACGCAAGUUGCCUCUGUCUGUGUCAGGUUUUGUAUUCAAUCUUCUAUUCAUCUAAUUAUCAUGAUUAUUUAUCACGGUCAUGGUUAUCUACUACUGUGGGAUGAGUGCUACAUUUCAUUAAACAUUGUUCUCUGUAAGGAAAUGUAUGGAUAUGAGUGUGUGUGUGUGUUAGUGUGUGCAUGUUUAGUUUGUUUAAUACCCUUAUCUUGGCAGUAGACCAGGUUAAUGCAGUCAGAGCAAUAAGCUUUAACCUGCAGAUUAUAGGAGUUAAACAUUCCAGGGGCAACCCUCUCAAAGUGAUAUUAGGUAGGAUUGAAAUGUUGCAGAUCUGCAGAGCUGAAUAAUAUGACCAUAAUUUACAAUGCAAUAUGUGAAUUAAUUUUGGUCUAUAUGAUUCAGAUAUUGAUAUAUGAACAGUAAUUGGCCACAAUGAAUGUGACUAACUGCAUCCUGUAAUGGACAUCAGUGAAAAGUCAGUGACCGAUGCUGAAAAAAAUGUGUUACAAAAUAUCUGUAUUAAGUUAUUAUUCAGCCCUAGCUGCAGGAUGUGAAGCAAGAGCAAGUCAAAAAAUACUCAUCAUUUUUAUUUUUUUUUUCCCUUCAGAUUUGUUAUUAGCUGAUAACAGAUAGCUAAUGGUUAAUGGACCAAUUCCCACCUUUCCACCAAUGUGAUUGUUGUACAGUAACAACUUGGUAUGAAUUUAGUACAUACUGUUUAAGCUGUUGAAAGUAUGUGGACAUCACUCAGUUCAGAUAUUUUAUUAUAACAUUGCUGACAUUAACUGACUACACUGCCUUCUAAAUCUGUUUGGUUGUGAUUUGCAUACAAGUCUUCUACAAGUUAAGGAAGGGUGUCCAAUCUUAUUCUCUGAGUAAAAAAAAUCUAAAACCAAGGUUCAUGUGUUGGAUACAUUGUAUACAUUUGAUAGAAUAGAUUUAAUCCAGUUUGUUUAGUGUUCACACUGCGGUUUAGUUUAGCGAGUGCACUGACAAACUUUGCUUUGCCUGUUGCUAUCACAACCUGCAUGAGCUUCGUCCUUCAGUACUUCGUGUUAAUUGGAUGUGGAUGGUGGCAUGUUGUUAAUUUGGGGGGUUGUGCCAAAUUCUGCCUCCUUGACAAAAAUCCGAUUCCAUUCAUGUGUUCACACGCAAUGUGCAGCAGAAUGAGUGUAAGGUUACCCUUGUAUUCCUUUUAUUUAGGUUUAUAAAUAAGAUGAGUUCAUUUUGAGCUUCGUUUUGAGUCCCUGGAAAAAAUCUGACUUUUCUUUCUAAUUGGGUUAAUUUGGCUCCUAUGGUCUUCCUGUAAAAAAUUAAAAAUAUUAUUAAUAGUUUAAUACUUUUUGCAAAGUCUAAGGCUCUACUGUAUUUCACCACUAUGACUUUCCUCUGUAAGUAGAAUGACCUCAGCAGAAUCCUGACCAGUCACAUGGAUAACAUAGUUGUCUUCGUGUCUGAGCAACCGAGAGUGAAAAAAACAAAAACAGGGCUUUUUAGGACUCUGUAAUUUAAUGUGUUUGUUUGCCAAUCAUAGACGUCAAUCACAUACAUUUGUCGAGGAGUAUUUUUUCUUUGUGUUUACUAUUUGAACUAUUUUUAUUCUGUUUGCUAAAUGCAUUACGUACUCCCCAAGUUUAAUAUAAUACAAAAAAAUAUAUCAAUAUAUAAAAAUGUGUUCCCAUGGGUUUUAGGCUUUUGAAUCCAUUCUGCUGCAUGACGUGUGAGCACACAAAAGGGAGUUCGGCACAACACCAGUACUUACUCUUUUGCUAUUGGUUAAUAGGUUACGAUAGCCUGCUGCUUUGCAAAUAAACCGAACCCUGGUGUAGUUGGUCAAGACUGGAACCUGGUUUAGUUGAUCCAGAGCAAGCCUACCUUUCUGGUUGGACCAAAUCUUGGUCCCUUUGGUCUGGAUUGUGUUCUGCAGCAUCUUUUCACACCUGCUAUUUUGAUUCUGGUCUAAGGUCCAGAUUAAAUAGUGUUGAUGUGAAAGCACCCUCAGUGUGAAUGUUCAUGUUUUUGGAGUGGCGUUAGGGUUGAGUGUGCCUUCACUGUUCUCUGUUAGUCUCAUGUUUUCUGAUUUGAGUGUAUUCAGGUGUUUUUUUGUUUUUGUUUUUUUUUUGCAAAAGUCUGAGUGGCAUGAAGCCAUUAUGUUCUCUCUACUUCCCACCCUUUUUAUUCUGAAUGACUUGUAGAAUGAACAUCAUCUGUGAAUGAGGGGAGGUGGGUUAAUUAUAAUCUGUGGUAAUGUUUGCAGUAGCAACAGGAAAUUUCCACUUGAUUUAUCUUCUUUUUUUUAAUUUUAUCUUAUUUGCUCUUCUUAUUUUUAAUAUGUUUGCUGUUAGUCAACAUUCUAGCAUUUGACAGUGCUGGUAAUUAGACUGUACUCUCCCCUGCAUUAAAUAGCCAUGCUUUUGGUUGCAAAUGUAGGUAAUUAAAAUGGUGAAGCAUUCUUCUAUUUCUUCUUAAUUGUAUGUUUGUCUGUGUUUAACCACUAUUAAACAAGCAAUUUCUUUUUUUUUCUUUUUGUAUUCAAGCUUUUUCACACCUUCUUUCCCAAGCAAAGGCAGUUGUGUACAUGGUUCUGAUCCUCCCAUAUUAACACUCCCCCUUUUCUGUUCUCUAUCUUUUUUUCUUUCUUUCUCUAACGUUUGUCAUAACAUUUGGGUACAAGCUGACACAUCUGUACCCCUUUCCCCAGCUCCUUUUUGAUAUUUAGAGUUUUUAAAUUUCUGUAAAGUAGUUUUUUGUAGAUUGUAAUGAAGUGUUCACGGCUUUUGUGAGAAGUACAAAAUUGUAUGAUUUCUCUGUGAACUGAAUGCCCGGGCUUUCAAUACAGUAUUCAUAUAAAGCAAUAAAUGUUAACAUUUUAAAGA